UUUUUUUUUCUUUUUAUUAUUCUUCUUCUCAUUUUAACCCAAUAAAAAAGCUGCAUUUCGAUGCUUUUUCUAUACUCACACAAACACACACUCACGAAUUUUACUCUUCCCUUUUAAAUUGUGCCUUCUGCAUCUCAUCGUUGUUGGAAAAUAAACAGAAAUUAAGGAAGACCCGGCUACACAGAAGCAAAUAUCAACAACAAUAAAUUCAUGCACUCAUACACACCCAAAUAAAUAACAAAUAAUAAACCCAGUUGACUGCUGAGGAGAGACACAAAUAGAGAGGAGAUUUUUUAAAAAGAAAAUAGGAAUUUAAAUAUUAAAAAAAAAAAUUGAACAAAUUGGACAUAUAACUGCUUUAUAAGAGCUGAUGAAGGUACAAGUCACUAAUUAACUUAUUAACCCAAAAUAAAGCUCAGGAUUUUCCUAAGAUUUUUUUCUUAAACAAAAUAAAAAUUCCUUUAAAUUCUGUAAAAUAUUCUCAAAAUGAAUCUGACCACUUGACAUUUUCAUUUGCAGCAGAAAUAUUUUAACACACGACAUCGACCACGACAAAAACGACAACCGGCCAACGAAAAAUAGAGUAGAGUAGGCCAAACGCAAUUCAAACUUAAAAAGGCUAGAAAAAUAAGAGGAAGAGAAGCCAUAACAACUACAUACAAAUAACAGUAACGCAAAAAAAAAAUAAACACAGUUUUUUUACUUGUACUCACACACUGGCACAGCAGACAAAGAGUAAGAAUAGUUUCACUAAAAAGGAAAUAAAAAAUGUUGUGAGAAAAAAAUACGAAUAAAGGAAAACAUAUGAAAAUACAAUAAAAAAAAGUGGUGCAUUUAGUAGGGAAAAAGCUUUUCGUAUGCAAUUCCUUCAUAAACAUGCUAAAACAGCAACAAAAUGCGGUCAUAUUAAAGUUUUAACAAAAAAAAUUCAUAUAGAAAAGCAACAAAAACUUUAAGAUAAUUAAACCGGUUGGUCACAGAGAAUUAAAUUUGUUUCUUUAGCAGAAAAAUAAGUUUUAAACUAUUUCUAAAGAAAUUAUAACAAAAAGUAACUUUUAAAAAAGAUAGGAAACGGAAAUAAAAUACAUAAAAUCGUUUAUUGGAAAAGUGUGUUCUUUGCAAGAGAUUUAAAAAGAAUAAAGUGUAUUGUGUGUUUGUGGUUACUUCAAAUUGUUUAAAUGUAUUUAAGGCGUUUAAAUGUUUUACGGCCAGCCCCAGUGAGGGCCGGCACUCCAUGGAGUAUCCAACUACAUCUCUACUAAGCGAUUCAUAUAAGAAGUGUCCGAGAACACAUUUGAAUAAUAGUGAAACAGCAACUGCUGUGUGUUUUACAAAUUCAACAACAUAUUGCAAUUUUGAUUUGAAACCACAACAACAAAAAGAAUUGUGUGAUUUCACAACAUCAAUAACAACUGCAUCUUUGGUAACACCAACACCUACGCCUGCUACAAUUACAACAACUACAAUUUUAACAACAAUAGCAGCUGCAGCAGCUUCAAGUGCCGCUGCCGCUACAACAAACAGAAUAUCAUCACCAUCAUUAUCGUCACCAUCAUCAUCAUCAUCUUCGACAUCAUUGUCAUCUUCUUCAUCUUCCGCAUCAUCGUCGUCGUUGUCAGCAGCAUCGCCUUCAUUAACACCACCCACACCCAUAAGUCCGUCCUUCGAAACAUUACCACACAGUCCAGAUGGGCAUGCAUCAGUAAGUUCAACAGCAUCAUCCAGUGAUAAUACAACAACAUCAGAAACUAGGCGAGAAUCUUUAAAGAGACGAGUACGUUCAUUGGCACUUAUUGUAACGGUGUUGGGCUUUCUUUUCUAGCAACUGAC